UUUUAUUUUUUUUUUGCGUUCUAACCUAAAAUUCUGAUCAAUUUUGUUUCUGUUGUUCUGGUCAUCUAGGCAGUAGGCUGAACACGUUGGAGACAACCAAAAAACAAUAUUAAAUAUUUAAACCUACCGAAGGUUAAAUUAUUGGAGUAUAUUUCUUAAUUCAACAAGGAGUAAUAAUAAAAAGACAAAAUGCCAAAGACAUCGGCAAUUGCAAAACGUCCGAGGAAGGAGGGAUUCAAUAGAUCUGGUCAUAGUAUGAAUCCCGAAAGACCAACUGAGGGCUUGAAAGGUGUUGCUAAAGUACGUACAAAAGGAACAAUAAAACGUCUACAAAUGUAUCGUUGUCAAAAACCAAAACGUAAUAGAGAAGGUAAAAUAUUAACACCAGCACCAUUUCAAAGUUGGAAUAAAUCUGGUACAAUGUCACGUGUUGAACCAUCAAGAGCAUGGUUUUCAAAUUCACGUGUUAUCAGUCAAAAUUCAUUGCAAAAAUUUCAAAAUGAACUUGGUGCUGUUAUGAAAAAUCCAUAUCAAGUUGUUAUGAAACCAACCCAAUUACCAAUAACAUUAUUAGAACAAAAAGCAGUACAACAAAGAGUACAUAUACUUGAAACUGAAUCAUUUGAUUCAGUAUUUGGUCCUAAAAAACAACGUAAACGUCCAAAUUUAAAUGUCACAAAUUAUGAUGAAUUAGCUAAAGUUGUUGAUGAAAGAGCUGAAAAUUAUGAUAAAGUUAAAGAUACAAAAGAUCUUGAUUUAGUUAGACCUGAUGAUGGUGUUAAAAAUGCACCAAGAGAUUGGGUUAUGGCUGCUGGACAAAGUAGAAGAAUAUGGAAUGAACUUUAUAAAGUUAUUGAUUCAUCAGAUGUUAUAUUACAAAUAUUAGAUGCACGUGAUCCACUUGGUACACGUUCACCACCAGUUGAAAAAUAUCUAACUAAUGAAAAAAAACAUAAAAAUUUAAUAUUUGUAUUAAAUAAAGUUGAUUUAGUACCAACAUGGGUCACCCAAAGAUGGGUAUCAAUAUUAAAUAAAGAACAUCCAACUGUUGCAUUUCAUGCAUCAUUAACACAUCCAUUUGGUAAAGGUUCAUUGAUUAAUUUACUUCGUCAAUUUGGUAAAUUACAUUCAGAUAAAAAACAAAUAAGUGUUGGUUUUAUUGGCUAUCCAAAUACUGGUAAAAGUUCAAUAAUAAAUACAUUAAGAUCUAAAAAAGUAUGUAAAGUUGCACCAAUUGCUGGUGAAACAAAAGUAUGGCAAUAUAUAACACUUAUGAAAAGAAUAUUUUUAAUUGAUUGUCCUGGUGUUGUUUAUCCAAGUGCUGAAACUGAUACUGAAAAAGUAUUAAAAGGUGUUGUUAGAGUUGAAUUGGUACAAAAUCCAGAAGAUUAUGUUGAGGAAGUUUUAAAAAGAGUUAAACCUGAAUAUAUUAAAAAAACAUAUAAAAUUGAUGAUUGGAAUGAUUAUAUUGAUUUCUUAGAAAAAUUAGCUAAAAGAAGUGGAAGAUUAUUAAAAAAAGGUGAACCUGAUAUAACAGCUGUUGCUAAAAUGGUAUUAAAUGAUUGGCAAAGAGGUAAGCUACCAUUCUUUGUUGCACCAGAAGGUUAUGCUGAGCCAUUGUCAGCAAAAAAUAUUGUUUCUUCUGUAGAAACUGUUGAUAAAGAUACAACAAAUGAUGCUGAAUCACAAAUGACUGAUAAUAACAUUGAUGAUGCUGGUGAAGGAGAUGAAAGAAAUGAUGUUGUUGGUAUAUUCCAAGAUUUUAGAAAAAUUAGAGUAACACUUGGAUAUACUGGUGAUGAUGUCAAAGAUUUAGAGCCAAUUGAUGGAGAUGAUGAGCUUGUAAAUGAUGAUGAUGAUGUUGAUGGUGACGAUGAUGACGUUGAUAAUGAUCAAGAAGUAGAAGAAGAAAAAGAAGAACAAAAAGAAAUAAAAAUUGUUGAAACAAAUGGUGAUCAUGAUAAUGAUGAUAAUGAUGAUGAUGAUGAUGAUAACAGCAAUGACAGUGAUAUGGAAUUUGAUGAUUGUAAAAAUGAUAACCUGAUGCAAAGCGCAUAUGAUGAACUUCCAGUAGUAGUCAAGGAUUCCAGUGAUGACGACGACGAUGAUGAUGAUGAUAAACCAAAAAUUAAAACAAGCAGUGGUUCAUUCAAUGUUUCUAGCAAAAGAAUUCUUACGAGUAAACAAAAAAGAGCAAUUGAACGUGCUGCAAAAAGAACUAAAAUCGGUAGUGACUUUUAUGAAGUCACUAAUGUUAAAAAUCGUAAUAGAAAUCGUAAAAUUCCAAAAGUUAAAAAAUAAAAUUAAUUUGUUUUUUUUUUCUUUAACUCUUACGAGUAAAAUUAUA